AUGAUAGAAUCUAUUACUGAUUGUUUGGAAUUCUUAAAGGAGACCAUUGUUCCAGUGGUAGCAAGGGCUGAUGAUGGAGAUGAUGAACCUGAAUCUACUGAUGGAAACGAAGACGAUGAAGAGGAAGAAGAUGAGGAAGACGAUGAAGAAGAAGAAGAGGAGGAAUUACAAGAUCCAUUAGAGACAUUACGAGACGAGUGCAAAGAGACACCAAAAGGUCAACACUUAGUAAAGCAUUAUAUGGAAUGUGCAGAAAGAGUCAAGUUAGAGCAAGCCCAACCGGGAUACGCUGAGUUGGACCAUAAGGAAGAUUGUGUGGAAGAAUUCUUUCAUUUGCAACAUUACCUUGAUAGCUGUGCUUCACCAAGAUUAUUUGAUAAGUUAAAGUAA